GCUCUUUUACCGCCUGGGUUCAGCUCUCUCCCAUCCCCACGUAUCUUGGCGAGGCUGAGAUUACACAAAGGUCCUGGGGGAAAGCUCCCAUUGUUCCAGCUUCGUCUAUCAGAUCUAACCCAGGCCCCGAGGCUGGAGCUCUGAAUUCGCCUCUCUCCGCUCCCCACCUCACACAUCCGCAGCCUGGCCCGGGUCCAGCUGUUCUGGUCCCGAUUGCGGUGGCUUCCCCUCUUCAGACGAUCAAGAGGGUCCCAGCAGCCCCUCCUCAGGAAGGUUUGUUGUCUUCAUCUGUGUUCUCUGGUGCCUUGAAAUGCCUACACACCGCUCAGCCGGCCAAUCCAUUCCAGGAGGAAAUGCUGUACUUGAAAUGCAGCUGAACACUGGGCCUGCAGAAAUCCUGCCAUUUGUGUGGACUUGUAUUUAAAGUUCUACUCCCACAGAAAGCUCCCUGGUGGGCCUUGGUGGCCCAGUAUGGCGCACUGAGGUGAAUCAUGCCUGGCUGGCCAGCACUCACCACUGACCACCCAGAGACGCAUCUCACCAGGAGGUGACCCCUCCUCCACCUGCUCCCCCACCCCACCCCUUGCAAGAAAGUGCCCGCGCUGCCACGGACACCAUGUAGUAGGGCCGGCCGCGGCGCCCAGUGAGCUGCGAUGGUUUUGUACACGGCCCCCUUUCCCAAUAGCUGUCUGUCCGCCCUGCAUGCCGUGUCCUGGGCGCUCAUCUUCCCAUGCUACUGGCUGGCAGACCGGCUCGUGGCCUCCUUCAUCCCCACCACCUACGAGAAGCGCCAGCGGGCGGACGACCCGUGCUACCUCCAGCUGCUCUGCACUGUGCUCUUCACGCCCGUCUACCUGGCCCUCCUGGUUGCCUCGCUGCCCUUCGCCUUCGUCGGGUUCCUCCUCUGGUCCCCACUGCAGUCCGCCCGCCGACCCUACGUCUACUCCCGGCUAGAGGACAAGGGCCUGGCUGGUGGGGCGGCCCUGCUCAGUGAAUGGAAGGGUACAGGUCCCGGCAAAAGCUUCUGCUUUGCCACUGCCAACGUCUGCCUCCUCCCUGACUCGCUGGCCAGGCUCAACAAUGUUUUUAACACCCAAGCGCGGGCCAAAGAGAUUGGGCAGAGAAUCCGCAAUGGGGCCAGUCGGCCCCAGAUUAAAAUCUACAUUGAUUCGCCCACCAACACCUCCAUCAGUGCGGCCAGCUUCAGCAGCCUGGUGUCACCGCAGGGCAGCGAUGGUGUGGCCAAGGCCGUCCCCGGGAGCAUUAAGAGGACGGCCUCUGUGGAAUACAAGGGUGACGGCAGCGGGCGUCACCCCAGUGACGAGGCUGCCAAUGGCCUGGCCUCCGGGGAGCCGGCGGAGGGUAGCCUGGAGGACGCCUGCAUCGUGCGCAUCGGAGGCGAGGAGGGGGGCCGGCCCCCUGAAGCCGACGACAGCGCUGCUGGGGGCCAAGCCAGGAAUGGGGCUGGUGGGGCCCCCCAGGGCCAGACACCCAACCACAGUCAGCGGGACGGGGACUCGGGGAGCCUGGGCAGCCCAUCGGCCUCCAGGGAGUCCCUGGUGAAGGUGCGGGCCGCGGCAGACGGCGGCGGCAGUGGGGAGCCGGGCGCCACCAACAGCAAGUUCCCCUACAAGGCCUCCGGAGUGAAGAAGGCAGCUGCGCGCAAGAGGCGGCACCCGGACGAGGCCUUUGACCACGAGGUGUCCGCUUUCUUCCCCGCCAACCUGGACUUCCUGUGUCUGCAGGAGGUGUUUGACAAGCGGGCAGCCGCCAAGUUGAAAGACCAGCUGCAUGGCUACUUCGAGUACAUUCUGUACGACGUCGGGGUCUAUGGCUGCCAAGGCUGCUGCAGCUUCAAGUGUCUCAACAGCGGCCUCUUCUUUGCCAGCCGCUACCCUAUCAUGGACGUGGCCUAUCACUGUUACCCCAAUGGGCGGCGCUCCGAUGGCCUGGCCUCGAAAGGGGCGCUGUUUCUCAAGGUGCAGGUGGGAAGCACACCUCAGGACCAAAGAAUUGUCGGGUACAUUUCCUGCACACACCUGCACGCCCUGCCAGAGGACAGUGCCAUCCGGUGUGAGCAGCUGGACCUGCUUCAGGACUGGCUGGCUGAUUUCCGAAAAUCUACCUCCUCGUCCAGCACAGCCAACCCCGAGGAGCUGGUGGUGUUUGAUGUCAUCUGUGGAGAUUUUAAUUUUGACAACUGCUCCUCAGAUGACAAGCUGGAGCAGCAGCAUUCCCUGUUUACACACUACAAGGACCCCUGCCGCCUGGGGCCGGGAGAGGAGAAGUCCUGGGCCAUCGGUACCAUGCUGGACACAGACAACCUCUAUGACGAGGAAGUGUGCACCCCUGACAAUCUGCAGAAGGUCUUGGAGAGCGAGGAAGGACGCAGGGAGUACCUGGCCUUCCCCACCAGCAAGAGCCCUGGGGCAGGCCAGAAGGGACGCAAGGACCUGCUGAAGGGCAAUGGCAGGCGCAUCGACUACAUGCUGUACGCGGAAGAGGGGCUGUGCCCGGACUGGAAGGCCGAGGUGGAAGAAUUCAGUUUUAUCACCCAGCUGUCCGGCCUGACUGACCACCUUCCAGUGGCCAUGCGGCUGAUGGUGUCUGCAGGGGAGGAGGAGGCAUAGACCAGCCACGUCAUUCCGAGCAGCAGGGCCUCUGCCAGCCCUUUGAGCCGCAGCACCUCUCUGGCCGUGUCCCCUCCAGCCAGCACCCCUGGUGCUGGGGGAGGAGGGCAGGGACCCGGGGGUAGCCUCAGUCUGUCCCAGGUGAGCUGGAACCAGCGCCGCCCUGCACCUCUGGGCACUGACUGUGGACAGAGUCAGGCCGGCCUUGGGAGCCGCAGCUGCCCAACAGUGCCAUUCUUUCAAAACAUGAUUUUCUACAAAUCUACAGCACAACCUAGUUUGUAACCCGGGGGUUAGUAUGAGAACCGGGUUUCUGUACUCUUUGUAUCUCUUCUCAAGCUUCGUCCAGGGUUCAUUAUUUUUGUCCGCUGCCAUAUCGUCUCGCAUGCCUGCACCCUCGCAUGCAAACUGCCCGCAUGUCACGUGCCACACCGUAGCCACACAGACCCCUAACUCGGGCCUCACCCAAGGCCGAACUCCAAACACAAUCAGAACCAGCCAAAGAAGCAUUCCUGGGCACAGGGCCGCCAGCGCCCGCCUCCAGCUUGGACGGCCAGCAAGCCGGGACCAUGAGGAUGUGUCCAGUUACCAGCAAGCCCCAGCUCUUCCCAGGGUCUUGCAUUCAAGGGCGAUUACAUUUUAAAAAGAAAAACAGAAAAAGAAAACCACCCUUCACUUUAGAGGGUCUGCAAACCAUGAGGGAGAACCCUGUUUGGGCUCCCCCUCCCAGCCAGCCAGGGCCCCAGAGGCUCCCCCAAGAGACUUCAAAGUGGGCAAAGAGAAUCUGAGACAGUAUCACUCUUUCACAGGGAAGAGGGGAACUCAUGCUAUAAAAGGGUGGGGGUGGGGGCUUCAAGUAUUCCAAAUGAUCAAUUUAUGGCUUCUCUUCUGUCAAAACCAACCACAACCUUCUUCUGCCUGAUCCCACUUCCCUUCUGGACACCUCUCUGGUUUGGGACCAAGCUUUCCCUGGCUGAGCUCAGGAACUGUCUGCCUGCCUCUGGAGUGAGGCUGCAGCUCUGUCCUCCCAGGCCCAUCCUGAAAGGUGACCCAGGGGCCCUAGAUGAAGAGGCAGAAAGCCCAGGUGCAGACUGGCCUGUCCCCUCCCCCUCACCAGUAUGGAGGCUGGGGGUGAAGGCCAAGGGCCACUGCUUGCCUGGGGCAGCACAUGGUACUGGUUAGCAUCUAGGCCCACAGAUGCUCCCUCUGCCCCCACGGGACCAGGGCCAGCCCUGGGUACCCGGGCAGGACAUGGCAGAGCACGCAAGGGAGGUCCGCAGCUCUCCACUCCACAGCAGCCCCACCUCUGCCCACCUGCCUUUUAAAACACACCCGGGAUUGUUCCCCCACAGUCAAGCAAGGGAGGGAGGGGUCUGAUUCCCAGUGCAAGGACCCUCCAACUCGGAAGACUAUUCUUGUCAACCCCCACUGGUCUCCCCUCCUUGAAGCGCCCUGACCUUGUGCCCACUUGGCUCAGAGCCGGAUCUGCCCAGCGAGGCUGGGGAGUGCACCAGGACCCUUCAAAUACUAGAAGCCUCCUGGCGCCAGUGUGCGGACGCUGUGCCUUGUCACCCACUUGAGCUGCAAGAGGGACCCAGAUUGGGGUUGGGGGGGUGAGCAGACAACCACCCAGAGGCAGGCCCUGUGCUGGAGGAAGACACUUCAGAGAACCACACACAUGGGGGCACUGGUUUGUCCUGGGCAGUGUCUGGGCUGAGGGCCUCGCUGCAAGGAGCAUUCAUUCCCUAAGCCCCCAGCCCCACCUCGAGUGCAGAGCCAGGAGGGCCUGCUCACCGCUGAGUGCAGUCCCGCCAGGGCUCUCUUCCUCCGAGAGCCUGGCCUCCACAGUCCUGGGCAAGGCUCCGUGGGGUCACAGGGGACCCUACUCCUAGGAGCAGCCAAGAAGCUCUGCUCACACAGGCAGGGUCCAACUGAACAUGCUCAACGCCUGGUUGGCUGGGACUGAGCCAUGGCCUCCAGGCCUCGAGUCAGCUAUGUCCAGGAGAACAGGAGAGACAGAAGCCAGGGUUCCUGAAGCAGAGAAACACCAGCCCCGCCACCAGCCCUCCGAGGAGCCACUUCCCACCCAGGGCAGCUCUACGAGAGCGCCACGGCAUAGGGGCAUCUGCUUCUCUCCCUCCUCACAGGGCGGCCUUAGGCAAGUCAUACCUCCCUGUGCCUCGGUCAUUUCCUGCCCUAAUGAGGUCGCCUCUGCCCAACCUGGCCCUGGCAUCUGGAGCCAGGCCAGCCUGCAUCCCAUGCCCCCUCGCGCUUCCCUCUGGCGCAGCCUCAUUGCUGAGGCCACCACUGCCGACCAUACGUUUCAUCACGGCUGUGGGAUCCUAGGACCAUGCACAAGCCAGACUUUUCCAGUGUGAUUUUUUUUAAAAAAAGAAAGAAAACACUACCAGGAUCUCAGAUUCUGUGGCAUCUAGGCCUAGGAGGGGUGGACACGGGGGUCAUCCAAAUCCCCACCCACGGCCCCACGCCUGCCCCAGGCCCGGCCUCCUCCACAGAAGCCAGGAGGCAGGGGUCAGCUUUGGAAGGAAACGGUCAUUUCCACUUGUCCAAACCACCUUGAGUUUUAAGUAUGAAUAUUAACCUUGAUGCUUUUUAACUAUUGUAUUAACUUGCUGAGAUUUAGAAAUACUGUUUUAAAAAAAGAAAAAAAAACAAUUUUUUAAUUUCUGUAUUUUUUUCUGUAUUGUAUCCUCAUGGGACAUUAGGGGUUUUAUAUGGUAAGCACACCUAAGGUUUUGGUAAAAAUAUUAUCAAAUAUAUAUCCAGACGAUUCUUCCCUAGAAGAAAAACAAUCUUUACACCUGAUAAAAUAUUUUGAAAAGAGAGGUGUUUUUUCCCUUUAUUGGUGCUGAACGGAAGGAUAGAUAAUAAGAAAAUAAAACUGUGAGGCUCAA